AUGGCUUCGGACAGCUUGGAGGAAGCCCGGAGGCUUGUUGACGAAUCAUCUCGGAUCGUCGUGCUCACCGGGGCUGGGGUCAGCACAGACUCUGGAAUUCCAGAUUUUCGGGGACCUGAAGGGCUCUGGACAAAGAAUCCAGGUGCAGAGGAGGCGUCCGACAUCUCCGUCUUUGUAAGCGAUGAGGGCGCUCGAAAAGUUUUGGCGCAUGAUGGUCUCCAUGCGUUCCGAUGGUCACGUGCCGCAGCCGAACGCUGGGCACCGUGCGCUGCUGCAUCUUGA